UCCAGUGCAUUUGUUCAACGUGAGUCAAUGGCUUUCUUUGUCAUUUUGGGAAUCUGCCUGUCUUGUUUGAUCUUUUUUUCCUUAUGGAAUCAGCACCACAGCAAAGGGAAGCUCCCACCUGGACCCACUCCUCUUCCAUUUGUUGGAAAUAUUUUGCAGGUGGAUGUUAAAAAUAUCAACAAAUCUCUGAGCAUGUUCUGCUAGAACUCUGAGACCUCAGCGUGAAGGAUGACAUGGAGAACGGAUGACAGAAGCUAGCAAAAGAAUACGGCUCUGUGUUCACUGUUUAUCUGGGCAUGAAACCCACGGUCGUGCUGUAUGGAUACGAACCAUUGAAGGAAGCUCUGAUUGACCGGGGAGAUGAGUUUUCUGGCAAAAUGCAAUCAUCAUUACUCAGUAAAGGCAGCCAAGGGUUAGGCAUCACUUUUAGCAAUGGAGAGAUAUGGAAGCAAACGCGGCGUUUCUCCCUCAUGGUCUUACGGUCUAUGGGAAUGGGAAAGAAAACUAUUGAAGACCGAAUUCAGGAGGAAGUCUUUUAUCUACUGGAAGCACUGAGAAAAACUAAUGGAUCCCCCUGUGACCCCAGCUACCUUCUGGCCUGUGUUCCCUGCAAUGUGAUCUCUGCUGUCAUUUUCCAGCGUCGUUUUGACUACAACGAUGAGAUAUUCCAAGAGUUCAUGGAACAUUUUUAUAGAACUCUUAAAAUUUUAGCCUCGCCUUGGGUUCAGCUGUGCAGUGCCUACCCUGUUUUAUACUGUCUCCCAGGAAGCCAUAAAAAAUUCCUUAAACAUUUGACUGAACAGAAAGAGUUUAUUUUGAAGGAAAUAAAAAGGCAUCAAGAGUCUUUGAACUUCAGUAGCCCUCAAGACUUUAUUGACCAUUUUCUGAUUAGAAUGGAAAAGGAAAAAGAGAAUAAAAAGUCAGAAUUUACCAUGGAAAACCUGGUCAUCACCAUAUUGGAUCUUUUUGGUGCGGGCACAGAGACAACAAGUUCCACAAUGAAAUAUGGGCUUUUACUCCUGCUGAAGCACCCAGAGGUCACAGCUAAAAUUCAGGAAGAAAUUGCACGUGUGAUUGGCAGACAUCGGAGCCCCAGCAUGCAGGACAGGAACCACAUGCCCUACACAGAUGCUGUGUUGCAUGAGAUCCAGAGAUACAUCGAUUUUGUUCCCAUUCCCUUGUCUCGUAAAACAACACAGGAUGUGGAAUUCAGAGGAUACCACAUUCCCAAGGGCACAAGUGUCAUGACAUGUCUGACUUCUGUCCUACAUGAUGACAAAGAAUUUCCCCACCCGGAGAAGUUUGACCCUGGUCACUUUCUGGAUGAGAGAGGCAACUUCAAGAAGAGUGACUACUUCAUGGCUUUCUCAGCAGGAAGAAGAGCUUGUAUUGGAGAAGGUCUGGCCCGCAUGGAGAUGUUUUUAAUCCUGACUAGUAUUUUACAGCAUUUUACUUUAAAACCUCUCGUCAGUCCAGAGGACAUCGACACCACCCCAGUUCAAACGGGCUUAUUGUCUUUGCCUCCGUCUUAUGAACUCUCUUUCAUUCCAAUCUGAAGUGGGUGGUCUUCCCCAUAGAUAACCUGAGACCCUGCCUUUACUUGUCAUCAAACAGGUUUUUUUGUGUCUUAUGUACCUGCAUCAUGAACUAUCCUAAAAUUUCCUCAAGUCUUUAUGGACCAGUUCCAAUUUCCACAUAUGACAAAAGUCUCACUAUUUCAACACUAAUAAAAAUUUUGCUGUAGUGUGUGUCA